ACCAAUUUAGUCGGUUUCAUAUUGUGAGCGUCUGUUUGUACCUCCAGAAGAGAAGAGCCUUUUUUCAGCCGAUCAUCAUGGCCUCAGAGAACGCGAACAAUGCAGGGCUGGCGGACGACCUCAGCGACCUCCUGAGGGAGUUUGACGAGGUGAUCGAGGACUUCGACAAGGGCGAGGUCUGUCAGUAUGAGCAGCACCUGGAGGAGCUGAAGAGAAGGAUGCUCCCCAGCGUCUACGACAGCGGCAUUGAGGAGAUAGAAAGUACCAGCACGUCUCCCCGGAGCAGUUUAAACUCCAGCGAGGAAGAUCUCAACGUGUCAGCCGGCGCCGCUUGCGCCAAAGCUAAGCUCGGGGACACGCAGGAGCUGGAGGAUUUCAUUGCCGAUCUGGAUAAAGUGCUGGAGGAGAUGUGAGACCGUGUCUCUGGGCUGGUGCUCUGAGAAGAGGUCCUGGCAGAUCUGAGAUGUUGCUCAUUCUCCCACCCCACCCUUUCACGCUCUGCUCUUCGGAAGAACAGGGGCUCAAAUCCACCCCCCAUGCGGCAAGGAUUAGACCAGCACCUCCCGUCUGCAAAGUAACUGAAGAGGGACGCUCAAAGGAGGCAGGAGACCAGCCAGGGUUCUCAGGCGCUUGGAGUCUGGAGUUGAACAAUCUGCAAAUACUGAUGCAUCCGAGCGCUCCAGUUCACUUAGGCGCUGGCCUUCUGCAUUUGGGGGACUGCGACCCACAAAGGCAAAACUUCUCCAGCUGUCAUCCAGAGCACCCCCUCAUCUUCCCCAGAGAUUGAGUCUCCCCAUCUCAGAGGGGAGGGGCUGGAAUGGGAGGGGCGGGCGGGGCUUAGGCUUCUGAACAGGGAUGUGCAUGGUUAACCCGUAAGCAUCACUCUUACCAGUUACAGGUAAUCGGCAGGGGCUGGGGCCGGCCGGGCCCAGCUCCCUUCCUGCCGCCGGGUUAAUUGAUUGAACGGGAUUUUACAUCCCUGGUUCUGGGGACACCUCUUGGCUCCAAGCAGAAUUCCAGGUAGGCCACCAUGGAGAGCAGAGGCCUACCUGUGAGGAGGAGGAAAGCCGGCCGAGUCCUCCUCAUUUCACAGCUCCGGCAGGGCCUUUCCCUGAGGAAUUCCCAGUCGUUCCUGGGCCUGUGGACAGUGGCUUGGCUCUACUUCAACACGGCCGGGCGCUGCUUGGGUAGCUCCGCUGGUAAAUCCCACCCACAGCAACUGUGGCAUCUCCACUUCAAAGCUGCCUCCGUGUCCGCUCCUGCUCCGGGCUCCUUCCAUAACGGUUUUAAGAUGGGCCAGGCUUGCGGGUAAUUGCUGCCGACUAGCUUUAGAGUGGAGAGGCCCAUGUCAACUCUCGAACUUCAUGAGAAGGUGGAAUGGGACUGGGCAAACCUCCAGAGCUGCUUUGGGCCACAGCUUUGCCGCUGAGGAUGCCUGCUUUCGUAUUGAUCCAUAUUGACCAAGGGAGGGUGUGGAAUAAAUCAAUGCCCUUAAUGGCUCCAAGCCAGAUACAUCAGCAUCUGGCAGCUGAAUAUCUCCAUUGACUUCUCUGGAGUAUGCCAAAGUACCACCAGCUAAAGAUUCGUUAUUGUCAGUUGGUUUUUUCAACUGGGGAUUCAUGGACCUGUAGGUCCAUGGGCUACUCCUAAGCUUCCAGCAGACAUCACCCCACUAUUGGAGGUUUUUUGGGGUCUGCGAAUGUGGGGGGGAUUGGAAAACCACUGGCGUACAUAAACAGACAAGGGUUCUCACGUUCUCAGCAGUCCCCAGCAGAUGGCUUCAGAGCAGACUCUCCGUGCGUCUGCCCUGGAUGCUUAUAUCCAGUUGUAAAUAUUGUAAGAUAAGGAGGAUUCUAAAGUUUUUAUACAGACGUGCCUGGAUUUUAUGAAUAAAAGGGUUCUGCGGA